AUGGCCACCUCUCAGUCACCGGCACAGCUGGUCCGCACGCUCAUCGAUGUCUCCCGAUUUGACAAAUACAACUGUUUAUUUGCUAUAUUCCCUGGUGUCUGGUCCAUCUUUCUUGCGGCAGCCGCACGACACGCCGAUGGCGUCCGCAUUCCUUCAGACUGGGUGCUUGGCCGCGCAGGACUGGCCUUUAUGUAUACAUAUCUGUUGAGCGGCGCCGGAAUGGUAUGGAACGACUGGAUCGACCGCGACAUCGACGCCCAGGUCGCCCGCACCAAGAACCGGCCCCUCGCAUCCGGCCGGCUUUCCACGAGAGCUGCCCUCAUCUGGAUGCUGGUCCAGUAUGCGGCCUCAGUCUGGCUUAUGGACCGCAUGCUGAGCGGUCGGAACGUAUGGACAUUCAUGCUCCCCCUCACAACCGGCAUCAUCCUCUAUCCCUUCGGCAAGCGCCCGACAAUGCGUAAACUGGGCAUCUACCCCCAGUACAUCCUCGGCGCCAGCAGCGCCCUCACCAUCCUCCCCGCCUGGGCCUCCGUCUACGAAGACAGCGUUUCCUCACACGAGCUGGUCGCGAAAUGUCUGCCGCUCUGCGUCUUCCUGUUCCUGUGGACCAUCUACUUCAACACCGCUUACAGCUACCAGGACAUCAAGGAUGACUGUAGGCUCAACGUCAACUCCUCGUACGUCUUUGCGGGCAACUACGUGCAUGGGUUGCUCCUCCUGCAAGCCGUCGCCGUGAUCCUGGUGAUCCCGUGGAUUCUGCAUGAGAACGGCUCCGCUUGGCUCUGGUUCUCGUGGCUGGUGGUGUGGACGGCCUCUCUCGGCGAGCAGCUAUAUAUCUUUGAUACGAAAGAUCCGAGUAGUGGGGGCAGAGUGCACCGGCGGAAUUUCGCGCUGGGGAUUUGGAAUGUUCUGGCUUGUUUCGUUGAGCUGUUGCUUGUGUCAGGAUCUCUGGAUUUGUUUUAA